GGGUUCGCGCUGCCGGCGUUGAGGGGACGCGAGGCGGGAGCGCGGGUGGCCGUUCCGUGACGCGCAAACAGCGGUGCUCGGGCUCUGCCGGGAGGGUUCUGUUCUCUACCUACCGCCGUUCUGAGGAAACGCGAUCGUUUCGAUGUUCUGAACGCUCUCGGCAAUCCAGUUGUGCCCUUUUAUACGAGAUAGGCUGCCGGGAUGCUGAAGUUCAAGCACAGCACGCGCACCACGGCUGACACGGGUCCUAUGGAGCCCAUUGCCAGCCGUGCCUCUCGCCUCAAUCUGCUCUUUCAGGGGAAGCCACUCUUUGUGACUCAACAGCAGAUGUCUCCUCUCUCCCGGGAAGGCAUCCUCGAUUCUUUAUUCGCUCUUUUUGAAGAAUGUAGAAACCCUGCUUUAAUGAAAAUCAAACACGUUGGCAACUUUGUCAAGAAGUAUGCAGAGACUAUAGCUGAAUUAAGGGAACUCCAACCCAGCGUGAAGGAUUUUGACGUAAAGAGCGUGGUUGGCUGUGGUCACUUUGCAGAUGUAAAAGUAGUAAGGGAGAAAGUUACUGGUGAUGUGUACGCUAUGAAGGUGAUGAGCAAGGAGUCUUUGUUGGCACAGGAGCACGUGUCAUUUUUUGAGGAAGAACGCAGUAUAUUAUCUCAGAGUACCAGUCCAUGGAUUCCACAGUUACAAUAUGCAUUUCAAGACAAGAAAAAUCUUUACUUGGUUAUGGAGUACCAGCCUGGAGGGGACUUGCUGUCACUCUUAAACCGGUAUGAGGACCAACUAGAUGAGAGCAUGGUGCAGUUUUAUCUUGCAGAGCUGGUUCUAGCUAUUCACAGUGUCCACCAGAUGGGUUAUGUACACCGAGAUAUCAAACCAGAGAAUGUUCUUAUUGACCGGACAGGACACAUUAAAUUGGUAGACUUUGGGUCAGCUGCCAAAAUGACAGUAAACAAAACGGUAAAUGCCAAGCUGCCUGUUGGCACACCUGAUUACAUGGCACCAGAAAUGUUAACAGGUUUGAAUGGGGAUGGCAAAGCUUCUUAUGGUCCAGAGUGUGACUGGUGGUCCUUAGGAGUCAUUGCGUAUGAAAUGAUUUAUGGAAGAUCUCCAUUCACUGAAGGAACUUCAGCAAAAACUUUUAAUAACAUCAUGAAUUUCCAGAGAUACUUGAAGUUCCCAGAGGAUGUGAAAGUUAGCAGUGAAUUUCUUGAUCUGAUCCAGAGCUUGCUUUGUGGGCAAAAGGAAAGGCUGGGUUAUGAGGGACUCUGCUGCCAUCCGUUCUUUUCUAAAAUUGACUGGAAUAAUAUCCGUAACUCUCCUCCCCCCUUCGUUCCUACUCUCAAGUCUGAUGAUGACACCUCAAAUUUUGAUGAACCAGAGAAGAAUUCGGGGGUUUUAUCCUCUACACGGCAGUUGAACCCGGCAGGUUUCUCGGGUGAAGAUUUGCCUUUUGUAGGGUUUUCAUUCAUCAAGGCAUUGGGGACCCUCAGAUCAGAAUCCGUGCUUUCAAGUGUGGAUUCUCCAGCAAAGGUCAGCUCCAUGGAAAAGAAACUUCUUCUCAAGAGCAAAGAACUCCAAGACGCCCAGGACAAGUGUCACAAGAUGGAGCAGGAAAUGACGCGGUUGCACCGGAGAGUGUCAGAGGUGGAGGCUGUACUUAGCCAAAAGGAGGUGGAACUGAAAGCCUCUGAGACCCAGCGAUCCCUCCUGGAGCAGGACCUGGCCACCUAUAUCACAGAAUGCAGUAGCUUAAAGCGAAGCCUGGAGCAGGCACGGAUGGAGGUGUCUCAGGAAGAUGAUAAGGCCCUACAGUUACUUCAUGAUAUCAGAGAGCAGAGCCGAAAACUGCAAGAGAUCAAAGAACAGGAAUAUCAAGCUCAAGUAGAAGAAAUGAGGUUGAUGAUGAAUCAGUUGGAAGAGGAUCUUAUUUCAGCUCGCAGGCGUAGUGAUCUUUAUGAAUCGGAGUUGAGAGAGUCCCGAAUGGCCGCCGAAGAAUUUAAACGUAAAGCUACUGAAUGUCACAACAAAUUGCAAAAGUUACAGGUUAAAGAUCAAGGAAAAAGCGAAGCAGGAGAAUUAUAUUGCAAAUUAGAGAAGAUCAAUACAGAGCAGCAAGCCAAGAUCCAGGAGCUGCAGGAAAAGCUGACAAAGGCUGUGAAGGCUAGCUCAGAGGCAACUGAAUUGCUUCAGAAUAUCCGUCAAGCUAAGGAGAGAGCUGAGAAGGAGUUAGAGAAACUUCAAAAUCGGGAAGAUUCUAAUGAAAGCAUGAAGAAGAAAUUGCUUGAAGCAGAGGAACGGCGCCAUUCUCUGGAGAAUCAAGUGAAGAGAUUAGAGACUGUGGAACGAAGAGAAAAUCGACUAAAGGAAGAUAUUCAGACUAAAUCUCAACAGAUUCAACAGAUGGCAGAAAAAAUUCUGGAGCUGGAAGAAAAGCAUCGAGAGGCUCAGAUCUCAGCACAACAUCUGGAGUUGCAGCUGAAACAGAAGGAACAAUUCUAUGAGGAGAAACUCAAAGUUUUGGAAAACCAGAUGAAGAAAGAUCUUGCUGAUAAGGAAGCACUUGAGAAUAUGCUCAGAAGACACGAAGAAGAAGCGCGUGAGAAAUGUAAAGUCCUGGCUGAACAGAAAGCGAUGAUCAAUGCAAUGGAUUCGAAGAUUAGGUCACUGGAGCAGAGAAUAGUGGAAUUGUCUGAGGCCAAUAAACUGGCUGCAAAUAGCAGCCUUUUUACCCAGAGGAACAUGAAAGCCCAAGAGGAGAUGAUUUCAGAGCUCAGACAACAGAAGUUCUACUUGGAAACCCAAGCUGGAAAGUUAGAGGCCCAGAAUCGAAAAUUAGAGGAACAAUUGGAAAAGAUGAGUCACCAAGAUCACACUGACAAGAACCGCCUGCUAGAGUUGGAGACUAGGCUGCGAGAGGUUGGUUUAGAGCAUGAAGAACAGAAGCUGGAACUCAAAAGGCAGUUGACAGAAUUGCAGCUGACGCUUCAGGAGCGGGAAUCUCAAAUUACUGGGCUGCAGGCUGCACGGACAGCCCUGGAGAAUCAGCUCCGUGAGGCCAAAACUGAACUAGAAGAGACCACAGCUGAGGCAGAGGAAGAGAUUCAAGCUCUCACGGCACAUAGAGAUGAAAUCCAGCGUAAAUUUGAAGCCCUUCGUAAUAGCUGCACAGUGAUUACAGAUUUGGAAGAACAGCUGAACCAGCUCAGUGAAGACAACGCAGAACUGAACAAUCAGAAUUUCUUCCUGUCCAAACAACUUGAUGAGGCCUCAGGGGCCAAUGAUGAGGUUGUCCAGUUGCGAAGUGAAGUUGACCAUCUCCGUCGAGAGAUCACUGAGAGAGAGAUGCAGCUUACCAGUCAGAAACAAACUAUGGAGGCCUUGAAGACAACAUGUACAAUGCUGGAAGAGCAAGUAAUGGACUUGGAGGCCCUGAACGAUGAACUCUUGGAGAAAGAGCGUCAGUGGGAAGCGUGGAGAAAUGUUCUAGGGGAUGAGAAGUCUCAGUUUGAAUGUCGUGUCAGAGAGUUGCAGAGGAUGCUGGAUACUGAGAAACAGAGCAGAGUGAGAGCAGAUCAGCGUAUUACUGAAUCUCGCCAGGUGGUAGAACUAGCUGUCAAAGAACACAAGGCAGAGAUUCUAGCCCUCCAGCAAGCACUAAAAGAACAAAAACUCAAAGCUGAGAGCCUUUCUGAUAAGCUCAAUGAUCUGGAGAAGAAGCAUGCUAUGUUGGAGAUGAAUGCACGCAGUUUACAACAGAAGCUUGAGACAGAAAGGGAGCUCAAGCAGAGGCUUCUGGAGGAGCAGGCAAAGCUGCAGCAGCAAAUGGAUCUGCAAAAGAACCACAUCUUCCGCUUAACUCAAGGUCUGCAGGAGGCUCUAGAUCGAGCAGAUCUUCUGAAGACUGAAAGAAGUGAUCUGGAAUAUCAGCUGGAAAACAUUCAGGUUCUCUAUUCCCAUGAAAAAGUGAAAAUGGAGGGCACUAUUUCUCAGCAAACCAAACUCAUUGAUUUCCUGCAAGCAAAGAUGGACCAACCAGCAAAAAAGAAAAAGGGCCUGUUUAGUCGGCGGAAAGAGGACCCUUCUUUACCCACACAGGUUCCCCUGCAAUACAAUGAGCUGAAAGUGGCACUGGAGAAGGAGAAAGCUCGUUCUGCUGAGCUGGAGGAGGCUCUACAGAAAACACGCAUUGAGCUCAGAUCUGCUCGUGAGGAAGCUGCUCAUCGGAAAAUAUCAGACCACCCUCAUCCAUCCACUCCAGCUACAGCCAGGCAGCAGAUCAUCAUGUCUGCCAUAGUCCGCUCACCAGAGCAUCAGCCUACCCCAAUCAGCCUGCUAGCUCCACCCUCCAGUCGCAGGAAGGAAUCCUCCACACCAGAGGAGUACAGUCGGCGCCUGAAAGAGCGAAUGCAUCAUAAUAUCCCACAUCGUUUUAAUGUGGGGCUAAAUAUGAGAGCAACAAAAUGUGCAGUGUGUCUGGAUACUGUGCACUUUGGACGGCAGGCAUCUAAAUGUCUUGAAUGCCAAGUGAUGUGUCACCCAAAAUGCUCAACUUGCUUGCCAGCUACUUGUGGACUGCCAGCAGAAUAUGCCACGCAUUUCUCUGAAGCGUUCUGCCGGGAUAAAAUGAAUUCUCCUGGUCUGCAGCUGAAGGAGCCAAGCAGCAGUCUACGUCUUGAAGGGUGGAUGAAAGUGCCAAGGAAUAAUAAACGUGGGCAACAGGGCUGGGACAGGAAGUAUAUUGUCCUGGAAGGAACAAAAGUGCUCAUUUAUGAUGCAGAAGCAAGAGAAGCUGGACAGAGGCCUCUGGAAGAAUUUGAGCUCUGCCUUCCUGAUGGGGAUGUAACUGUUCAUGGAGCUGUAGGAGCUACUGAACUUACCAAUACAGCAAAGACAGAUGUGCCAUAUAUCCUAAAAUUGGAGUCUCAUCCACACACCACUUGCUGGCCUGGUAGAACACUCUACCUGUUAGCACCCAGCUUCCCUGACAAACAGCGCUGGGUCACAGCACUGGAAUCAAUAGUGGCAGGUGGGAGAGUUUCCAGAGAAAAAGCUGAGGCUGAUGCUAAGUUGCUUGGGAACUCCCUGCUGAAGCUAGAGGGUGAGGACCGUUUGGAUAUAAAUUGCACAAUGCCCUUCAGUGACCAGGUUGUACUGGUGGGUGCAGAGGAAGGUCUCUAUGCCCUGAACGUAUUAAAGAAUUCCUUAACGCACAUCCCAGGAGUGGGUGCUGUGUUCCAAAUUCACCUCAUCAAGGAUCUGGAGAAGCUACUCAUGAUAGCAGGAGAAGAAAGAGCUUUGUGUCUUGUUGAUGUAAAAAAGGUGAAGCAAUCUCUAGCCCAGUCUCACCUUCCAGCCCAGCCUGAUAUCUCACCAAACAUUUUUGAGGCUGUCAAAGGAUGUCAUCUUUUUGCUGCUGGCAAGGUUGAGAAUGGUCUUUGCAUCUGUGCAGCCAUGCCCAAUAAAGUGGUUGUUCUGCGAUACAAUGAGAGCUUGAGCAAGUUCUGUAUCAGAAAGGAGAUUGAAACCUCAGAGCCUUGCAGCUGUAUCCAUUUGACCACUUACAGCAUCAUUAUUGGAACCAACAAGUUCUAUGAAAUUGAGAUGAAGCAGUACACACUAGAAGAGUUCCUGGAUAAAAAUGACCACACUUUGGCCUCCGCUGUGUUUGCUGCAUCCACCAACAGUUUCCCAGUCAGCAUCAUCCAAGUGAACCCAACAGGGCAGAGAGAGGAGUAUCUGCUGUGUUUUCACGAGUUUGGUGUCUUCGUGGAUUCCUAUGGAAGACGCAGUAGGACUGAUGACCUGAAAUGGAAUCGUUUACCUUUAGCUUUUGCCUACAGGGAGCCUUAUCUGUUUGUGACCCACUUCAAUUCCCUUGAAGUGAUAGAGAUUCAGGCACGGGCUUCUCUAGGAACUCCUGCACGAGCCCACUUGGAGAUUCCAAAUCCACGGUAUCUAGGGCCUGCAAUUUCAUCUGGAGCUAUCUACUUGGCCUCCUCCUACCAAGAUAAAUUAAGGGUGAUUUGCUGCAAGGGCAAUCUGGUGAAGGAGACCAACAAUGAGCACCACAGAGGAUCUUCUGCAACACGCAGCUGUUCGCGUCCAUUAUUUUUGAAUGACAGCAGCCCUAACAAGAGAGGUCCGCCUACAUACAACGAGCACAUAACCAAGCGGGUAGCGUCGAGCCCAGGACCACCUGAAGGUCCCAGCCACCCUCGAGAACCAAGCACACCCCAUCGGUACCGUGAGGGCAGGACAGAGCUGCGAAGGGACAAAUCACCUGGGCGACCACUGGAGAGGGAGAAAUCUCCAGGCCGGCUUUUGAGCACCCGCAGAGAAAGGUCCCCUGGAAGACUGUUUGAUGAAAGCAGCCGAGGACGAAUGCCUGUGAGUGGUGCCAGAACUCCUCUUGCUCAAGUCAACAAGGUCUGGGACCAGUCUUCAGUGUAAGUCUCAGCUAGACAAAGUUACUCAUCUUGACCUGCAG